GUGGCUCGUGUGUUGGUCGCGUGUGUGUGUGUGUACAGUGCCUCUGUGUGUGUCCACGUUCGGUUGCAGAUUUCAAACUCCUCUCGCUGUACACACGUCCGUACGAAACACGGGAGAUGUUCACCCGGUUUUGUAAACGCAUUAAAUGAUCCGUGUACAGGUGAUACGUGCGUCGAAAUGUUACGUUCACGAAGCGUGCGUGGAAGAGAUUGUGGUUCUAAUCGAUGGCUGUGACCGCGUUAAAUUGUUGGCAGGUUUAGUGGAACCCAUUUAGUCUAAUGGAACAAACGGUGCUCUCAUGAGAGAACAGAUGAGACUUGGCAGAGGAUGCAUGAGACGGUAACAGACGUAAACAACACAAGACGCCCUCCAAUAAAAAGGACCGCCGAUGUUUGUGCCGCGGGCCGUGAAGGUGAGGCGAGGGGGUCCCACGGAGCCUCCUGCGGACGGGAAGAGACCGCGAGUCGCUGCAGCAGCCUCCGCAGACCCCCCAGGAGGAGAGGCUGCCGAGAAGCCACCAAGCGGGCCAACCAAACUGCAGGGGAGUGCAGCAGAUCGGCCGGAACAUGAGGAGCAAGGACUUGUUAGGGAAACUGUUUCCGGACGUGCCAAGAUCCUACCACACACUGCCGUUCCUACCCCAGAGACCAGCCCUUCCCAGGCAGAAGUCAAGCAUGGGCAAAGUGACGACGAAGACGAGGCUCCAGUUGUUUCCUACAGCAAGAACCAGCGGUGGCCGGAGACCGGCGAGCCGGUGUGCGUGGUGUGCGGCCGCUAUGGAGAGUACAUCUGCAAUGAGACGGAGAGCGACGUCUGCAGCCUUCAGUGCAAGGCGCACCACUUAGUGCUGACGCAGGCGCCCGGAACGUCCGAGGAGACGCCCGUGCCCGAUCUCGUGGAGCAGAGCGGCAGCCUCGACGCGGAGAGCGGAGCGGAGAGCCACGGGUACAGGUACGAGGAGCACUCGUUCAUCUCGUCGCUCACGGCGGAGCAGGUGCGCUCGCUGCGCCGCUCACUGGGAAUUUCGGUGGAGGGUCGCGAUCCCCCGCGGCCCGUACUCGAGUUCUCACACUGCCCCAUGCCGGAGGCGCUGGCGCAGAACCUGGCGGCGUGCGGGUACCACGAGCCCACGCCCGUGCAGAUGCAGAUGCUGCCGCCGGCGUUGGGCGGCCGCGAUGUGAUCGUAAGAGCCGAGACCGGCUCCGGGAAAACCGCCGGCUUUUUGGUGCCCAUCGUCGCUCUUCUUGCCGGCUGCGGGCCGAGCGAAGCGCGGGACCCGCUGGCCGUGGUCGUGACCCCGACGCGCGAGCUGGCCAUGCAGAUCGAGAGGCAGGCCAAGGAGCUGAUGGCUGGGCUGCCCCACAUGCGCACGGCGCUGCUCAUCGGGGGGCUGCCCCUGCCCCCACAGCUGCACCGCCUGAGGCAGCGUGUACAGUUAGUGAUUGGGACUCCCGGGAGGGUCCUGGAGGUACUCAGAAGAGAUGCGCUACGCCUGAAUUCCGUCAGGAUCUUCGUCAUAGAUGAGGUCGACACGAUGCUGAAGCUGGGCUUCAGGGAGCAGGUGCUGGCGGUGCGGGAAGAGACACCCGAGGAGCGGCAGAGCCUCCUGGUGUCGGCCACGCUUCCUACGGCCACCGUGGAGCUCGCCGAGCGGCUGACCCGCGACCCCGUGCGCAUCGCCGUGGCCGGGGAAGGGUCGGAGGUCGGGGGUCAGGCCGCGCCCGCCUCCAACGUGCGGCAGAUUGUGCUGUGGGUUGAGGAGCCGUCCAAGAAGAAAAAGCUCUUUGAGAUCCUCAAGGACGAGAAGUUGUACCAUCCGCCCGUGGUGGUGUUUGUCGACAGCAAGAUGGGCGCGGACCUCCUGGCGGAUGCCGUGGAGACCGUGAUGGGGCUCAAGGCCGCGGCCAUGCAUGCCGAUAAGCCCCAGACGGAGCGCACGAGCGUCUUGCAGGGUUUGCUGGCCGGAGAGUACGAGGUGGUUGUGAGCACGGGGGUGCUCGGACGCGGACUCGACCUCGUCAACGUCCGUCUGGUGGUGAACUUUGACCUGCCGUCCACCAUGGACGAGUAUGUGCAUCAGGUUGGGCGCAGCGGGCGCCUGGGCCGGCGCGGCACGGCGAUCUCCCUGCUAAACAACCGCGACCGGCGCCUCUUCCUGGACCUGGCGUCACGCGUCGAGGCCACGGGGACUCAGCUGCCCGCCCAGCUGCUCCACUCCCCGCACCUGCACGAGCAGCGGCAGCGGCGGCGCCAGCAGCAGCAGCAGAAGCAGGAGCAACAGCAGCAGGUCACCGCCGACAACCUCAUGGACGUCAUCCGCGCUCACCAGCAGGCGUCCCGCGGCAAGAAGAAGAAGCAGCGAUGAUUUCACUGAAGUGCAAAAGUGUGACAAUGGGGGGCGCAUCGCGAGCCAUGAUGGCCAAAAUUAACGAUGGGAGGCCGAUGGAGGGAUGGAGAAAGAGAGAUAGGCAGAAAAUGAGACGGUGGAAACAAGAUUAUAAGGUGGAGUUGGCAAGAGAUUUUCUUCAUUGAAGCGUGGAAGAUAUUGGGAUGUACAUGGGUGGGGGCUGUCUGGACUUGUGGAUUUUGCGUUGUCCUGUUCUCUGGAUUUGCUCGUUCGAACCCAGACAAUGUACCUCAGGAAUUACUUAACAAGCAUUCCAUAUACAAUUUGAAUGGAUACCAACCAUCCCAUGAGGUUAUUCAGUAGGCCAUUGUGUACUAAUUAUUCUGCAUGUUACCUAGGAAAGCUUCACAGAGUCUCAAGACUUUUUCAAGGGGGUCCUGCCAAAUAUUUGUGGUAGAGGUUGACAUUGGCUACGAUUUUCCAAAUUAAAUAAUUUGCGAGUAAUUUUAUCAUUUGGAGUGUGACGCUGACACACAAUGGCCUACUUUUCUUUGAAUGAUGUCUCGGGAUAUUAAACGUCCACUGUGAAUACACCUUUUUGUUUGAGAAAGUCCCAUUUAUUCAAUACAAAAGAUGCUAAGAUGAAUGAAUCUGUACACUUCCAAAACACUUAUCCUACAAACAAGCAAGAUAAAAAAAAUGGUCCUGUAUAUUUUGUCAGAUACAUGUGUAUGUAAUGUGCUCAGUACGUUUUAGCCCAGAAUAACCUAUAUGUGAUGGAUUCUAUUCACACGUGUGUUUGGUUUCCGUAUUAUUUUCCCAUGUUCGACUCACACAAAGUAAUUGUGAUUCGAAUAAACCAAGUCAAUUCUUA